AUGUUGGAAUCGCAAUCGCAGAGCGCGCGGAACGCGGAGAAGGCUACGGCUCAGCUGCAGCUGGGUCUUGCUUCCUUGUCAUCUGCUGCGGCCGAGUCUGUCAAGCUGCAACAAGAUCAGCUCAAGAGCGUAGUUUCGCAAGAGGAGCAACACCAACACCUUCGUCCGCAGCAGCAGCAGCAGCAGCAGCACAUUCAGCCGCAGAUGACGGUCUCUCCAAGCGAGGACACGUCGCCACUCGCAAUCGCGUCGCACCUGCCGCGGAAGCGGAAGAGCCUCGAGCCCGCGACGGUGGCUCCAGCUGCUGACGCAGGUCAGGGAAAUCCCGCGACUUCACCGUCUGGCGAUGAGGGUGACGACGACGAGGGCGAGGUGUUGGCUGGAGAGUUCGACAUAAUCCAGAUGGACCCUGUGGAGCUGUUGGCGGAGCACACGCACUUCUGCGAGAUCUGCGGCAAAGGAUUCAAGCGAGACGCUAAUCUCCGCAUGCACAUGAGAGGCCACGGCGACGAGUACAAGACGCCAGCAGCCCUCGCAAACCCUGAGAAAAGCAUGCUCUCUCGGACUGACACCACUGCCGUUACCGAGAAAAAGCCGCUCCGAUACAGCUGCCCGUUUAACGGGUGCAAGCGCAACCAGCAGCACCGGGCGUUCGUGCCUCUCAAGACGAUGCUGUGUGUGAAGAACCACUACCGCCGCACCCACUGCCCCAAGAUGCUCUCCUGCUCCAAGUGCGGUGCAAAGCGGUUCUCGGUAGUGGCGGACCUCAAGACCCACGAGAAGCACUGCGGGCGCGACCGCUGGCUGUGCUCCUGCGGCACGUCCUUCAGCCGCAAGGACAAGCUGCUCGGCCACCUCGCCCUCUUCAAGGGCCACCGCCCCGCCAACCCCUCCCUCACUGCUGCCGACGACGGCCCUGCUGGCGCCAAACCCACACUUGCUGCCGCUCCACACGACGCCGCUGCUGUAUCUCCCAUGAUUUUCGGAUCUUCCUUCCCGCAACCUGAGCAACAACCUGGGUACCAACCUGAGCAACGUGCACUAGCAGACCUUAUCACGGCAGAUCUCCUGGGCUCAGCUGAGAAGGCUGCGCGGCUGGUGCGGUGA